ACUAUGCCCAGACGCAGCUCUUAUCGCGAUAGCUAUAAUACUUGGUUACCGUAAAUCGACACAAGCCUCAAUUGACGACAUCCGAACGUGUCCCGCACAUAAAACCUGUCACAUAGGAAUAAGAGCCACAAGAAAGGCUCUCUUUUCAAAGGCUCGACAUCAAGAUGCGGUUUGGACAGACAUUGGCGAACUCUGUUCACGAGCCGUGGAAAGAACAGUACCUUGACUAUGCAAAGUUGAAGCGGCUCUUGAGAGAGGAUGGCACUGGAGGAGACAACAAGCCGUGGACGGAGGACGAUGAGUCUCGCUUUUGCGAGGAAAUACUCAAUACGCAGCUCGGAAAGGUUGCUGCCUUCCAGGAGUCGACAUUCCAAAAGCUCGAGGAGCGUGCCAAUGAUGUCAGUGAGCGACUGAAAGAUUUGGCACCCCAGGGUGCCGAUACCGCCGACAUUGCCAAGUUCAAGGAGAUCAAAAAUGAACUAGAUAGCAUUACCAAUGAGGCCAACCAACUCAAAAAGUACAGCGCUUUGAACUACACUGGGUUCUUAAAGAUUGUUAAAAAACACGACCGGAAAAGAGGGAACAAAUAUAAAGUCCGCCCAAUGCUGCAAAUCAACCUAUCAAAGAGGCCUUUCAACUCAGAGCAAGCAUACACUCCCAUGAUCAACAAAUUGUCGGUAAUGUAUUUUAUUGUUCGGCAAAACCUUGAGGACAGGGCGGAUAAAGGACUGCCUAAUAUUGGGGACAAAACAACCGCGUCGACUGCAGACAUGCCACCGCAACCACAUCCCCAGAACCGCGAGAAGUAUAUGGCAUACAAAUUUUGGGUCCACCCUGAUAAUCUUUUGGAGGUCAAAACAUACAUCCUACGCCGCCUACCUGUGCUUGUAUACAGUGAGCAGUCCGCAAACCAGGCCGAUGCCUCCCAGGGGGACCCCACUAUCACAUCUUUAUAUUUCGACAACUCCCAGUUCGGUUUAUAUUCACAGAAGGUAGACGGAACCGUUGAUGCCUCUUCGCUCAGGGUUCGUUGGUAUGGCAAAUUGACCGACAAGCCAGAGCUGUUACUUGAACAGAAGACGAUCUACAAUGAUGGGAAUAGUGAGGAAAAGCGCUUCCCGAUCAAGGAGAAAUAUGUCCAGCCUUUCAUCACUGGCGAAUAUAAGAUGGGGAAGCAUGUGGAGAAGCUUGAAAGACAAGGCCAACCAGAAGAGAAGGUAGCCGAUUAUCAGCGAUCCGUGAACGAGAUCCAAGAAUUUAUCAAAGAGCGAAACCUCCAUCCGGUAGUGAGAGCCAAUUACACUCGUACGGCGUUUCAAAAACCAUUGGAUGAUCGGGUGAGGAUUUCCAUUGAUACCGAAUUAGCUUUCAUUCGGGAGGAUUCUCUAGACCCUGAUCGACCGUGCCGAAACCCAGACAGCUGGCAUCGAACCGAUAUUGAUAACACACAGAUGGAAUUCCCGUUUCCAAACGUCAACCAGGGUGAAAUAUCUAGAUUUCCAUACGCUGUUCUCGAAAUAAAGGUCAAGGAAAAUUCCGGGAAAAAAUCCCCCCAAUGGGUCGAGGACUUGAUGGCUUCGCAUCUCGUGCACAAGGCACCACGCUUCUCGAAGUUCGUGCAUGGCGUUGCAUCCUUGUUCGAGGAUUAUGUGAACAGCCUUCCUUUCUGGCUAAGUGACGUGGAGACGGAUAUUCGAAAGGAUCCGCAUGACGCCUUUGCAGAAGAAGAGCUGGCGAAGGCGCAAAAGGCUGAAGGUGAACUACUUGUGGGAAGCUACAUGGCCUCGGCCAGCAACCGAAAAGAUAGUUAUAAGGCGGCCGUAGGAUCACCCUUGGGCAAAUCAUAUAUGACGGACAGACUCGCUUUAGAGGCAGCUACAAAAUCUCGGGCCAUGGCCGAUGCCGCCAGCAAGGGGAAAGGAAAGGGGAGAGCCCAGGAUAAUGAGAGUGGAGACCAAGACAUUGGGACUAUCAGUGGUGGAUAUGGUACCACAUCAUCUGUAUUCCCUUCUUUCUCGCUCUCAAGAUAUGCACAAUCGCGCAGGCAGCAUAAAGCGGCCCUGCCCCCCGGAGUCACCAAACCCGGAGUCCUAAUCAAAGAUUCAGGCCCAUUACAAGUGGAGCCAAAGGUGUGGCUCGCAAACGAACGGACGUUCUUGAAAUGGCAGCACAUUUGUAUAUUACUGGGUGCUCUCGCUGUAAGCCUCUAUUCAGCUGCGGGCGAAAAUAAGCUUGCAGAGUACAUGGGUAUUGCCUACAUCAUUAUCGCAGCCUUUGCUGGAUUUUGGGGUUACUACAUCCAUUUCGUCCGACGCAACAUGAUCAUCGCGCGGAGUGGAAAGGACUUCGACAAUUUUGUAGGCCCGUUGGUUGUCAGCUUUGCCUUGCUGGUUGCUCUGUUGUUGAACUUUGGCUUUAAGUAUCACGCCGCACUGGAGAGACUCGGUCAGAAUGGGCAAGUAAUCAAUGGUACUGCCUCGAGUUCUCAAAUUGUUGACAAUGGCGUCCAUUCGGAGCUUGUGAGAUAGCACGGUGAGGUGUAAACUAAGUUGUUAAGUAGUGAGCAUAGGAGAAGUUCUUACAACGUUCCUAAAGCUGGGCGAUGAAGCUGUUAUGCUCAUGCACCAGAAAUUCUAGAAUUAUUUGUCCCCUGAAGAUGCUAUUGUGAUGUCUAAGAGUAGUCUAAUUAGUUGUUAAAUACAUCAAUAACUUCGCGUACUGA